AUGUCGUCACGGAAGAAGGUCUUGUUGAAGGUGAUCAUCUUGGGUGAUAGCGGUGUCGGUAAAACGAGUUUGAUGAACCAAUAUGUCAACAAGAAAUUCAGCGCGAGCUACAAGGCCACAAUUGGCGCCGAUUUCCUCACCAAGGAGGUCUUGGUGGACGACCGUCUGGUGACGAUGCAGAUCUGGGAUACUGCGGGACAGGAGCGCUUCCAGUCCUUGGGGGUCGCUUUCUACCGAGGAGCCGACUGCUGCGUGCUGGUAUACGAUGUGAACAACUCCAAGAGCUUCGAGGCGCUGGACAGCUGGCGCGAUGAGUUUUUGAUCCAGGCUAGUCCUCGGGAUCCGGAGAAUUUCCCGUUUGUGGUGAUUGGUAACAAGAUCGAUGCGGAGGAAAGCCGACGGAUGAUCUCCUCCAAGCGGGCGAUGACCUUCUGCCAGUCGAAAGGCAACAUCCCCUAUUUCGAGACCAGCGCCAAGGAGGCGAUCAACGUGGAGCAAGCCUUUGAGGUCAUUGCUCGAAGCGCUCUGGCCCAAGAAGAAGCCGAGGAGUUCAGCGGGGAAUUCAGCGACCCGAUCAACAUCCACCUGGACGGUGACCGCGACGGCUGCGCCUGUUAAAUACCCUAAUCGCUAGACCAUGAUUUUGGAACGAUACUACAACUCCUGUCUUAACUUGAAGAAAUGCUGCGCUUCGAUUGGUUUGGUUUGCGAACUACGAACUUCUUGCUCCUCUUUCCUAGCACCUGUAUAUACAUUGCGGGUGCCUUUCAUGUAUCACGCUCCUGUCUCUUUCUGCUGGUUUGUUGCUCGCAUGGGUGUUAUUGAUUGUUUCUUUUUGUGUGUGUCUCUCUCAUACUAUAGGAGUCUGAGGGGGGAAUUCACGAAUUCACACUGUUACACUACUAGCCAGUAGUCAAGUUACUCUUCAGUUGGUGGGUUGACCGUCGCGUGCUUAUCGAGGUUAUCUCGUGAUGCUUGGCGGGAUGCUAUCGAGUUACACC